ACAGAGUGGUGUUACACUGCCAUCUCGCUCACUUGCUCUCACUCAGGGACACAGAUAGGCUGGUAUACUGAUUUUCUCUGCACUUACUCAGAGAAGCAACAGGGUCAUGAUGACCCAAAGCCUCCAGAAUGGCUUCGCUCUGGACAACCACUACCUCCGGGAUCUGAAGGGGCCUGUCCCUGUGCCCACUCAAUAUGCUCCGAGCAUGGGUGUACACCGGGGGUCAUGCCCUGUGGAGCCCCAUAAGGACCAAGAGAUCCAGAGGCAUCGGUCUGCUCAGGCUGCUCCUCUCCUGGGCUCAUGUCGUGUGCAAACCCCUGCACCUAUGAAUGUCCAGAUGUGCCAGUCUAUACAGCCAUGCCAUGCAGAUCACCAAGGAGACCUGAGUGCUGGGCAGCUACUCAAAUGGAUGGACACAAUCGCCUGCCUCGCUGCUGAGCGUCAUGCUGGGAUGGCAUGUGUCACACUAUCCAUGGACGACAUCCAGUUUGAGGAGACUGGAAGGGUUGGUCAGGUGAUCACCAUCAAGUCCAAAGUCAACAGAGCGUUCACCACUAGUAUGGAGGUUGGAAUCCGUGUGUCAGUGCAGGAUGUGAGGGAACAUGUGGAGAGGUUGGUAUGUGUGGCCUACUCCACCUUUGUUGGAAAGCCAGCGGGACCACAGAAAGUGUUGUUGCGGCCGGUGGAGGAUCUGUGUUCUGCAGAGGAGCAGCUGCAGCAUUCUCUGGCCUCAGAGAGACGAAGACUUCGCCUUUACAAUGAACAGACCUUCAGUACCUUGCUACAAGACUACCACACACUAGCCAACGGUAACUAUUCCUCUCCGGGUGUGUGUAGCAGGAGAGACCCGCUGUCUGCUGUGUCCACAGAGUUCACGCGUGUAGAGAGCAUCGAGCUGGUACUGCCUCCACAUGCCAAUCACCAUGGCAACACCUUCGGAGGACAGAUCAUGGCCUGGAUGGAGAACGCAGCCACAGUGGCAGCCAGUCGUCUGUGUGGCUGCUUCCCCUCUCUGAGGUCUGUAGACAUGUUCCGCUUCAGAGGGCCCUCCUCUGUAGGUGACAGACUAGUCUUUAAGGCUGUGGUCAACAACACAUUUAACAACAGUAUCGAGGUAGGUGUCAGAGUGGAGGCCUAUAACUGUGAGGAGUGGACCGCGAACAAACCGCGUCACAUCAACAGUGCCUUCCUCAUCUACCAGCUAGCGAACACACCUGGUGACGUACCUGCCUUCCCCCAAGUCACAUACACCACCCAGGACGGGGAGAGAAGAUAUCUGUCUGCCAUUGUCAGGAAGAGAAUACGCAUGGCUAGAAAGCACAUCCUAUCCUGUAAGGAGGAGGCUCCUCUCUCUGUCCCCUGGGACAAAAGCAACCAGGUGUAUCUGGGCUAUAACAAUGUAGCAGCUCUGACUGUACUGGCUGGGAAACAAGACUGGGAAGCCAGCAGCAUCAGUGACAGAGUCGCUGUGUAUGUCCAUGAGGAGGUGGAGCUGCUUUGUGUCCAAGUUCAGAUGGAGGUCAUGACCUCUGCCCUCCAUGCCUUCACCUUACUGGCUGACCUCACGCUGCGACCUCUUUGGGACAAACACUACCUGAGCUGUGAGGAGGUGGAGAGGGCGGAUGAGGAAGAGACAGUAUAUCAUAUUAAAUGCCCCCCCAUCAAUGGAGGCAAGAGCCGUGACUUUGUGUUCCUGCUAUCGAAGAGGCAGCCCUGCAAAGACGGUGACCCCUAUGUGGUGGCCCUGAGGUCGGUAACUGUGACAACAGUUCCCCCUGUGGAGGGUUUCCUCCGUAGCGAGGCCAAGUGUGCCGGUUUCCUCAUCCACAGCCUGGGACUCAACAGCUGCAAGGUGUGUUACUACAACCAGGUGACGUCAGGUGUUUUGCCGUAUGUAGCAGGUAACCUGGCAGGCUGGUCCAAGUCUAUGGAAGAGACGGCUAGCGCAUGUACCACCUUCCUGGAGAGAGACCUCAUCACUACCCUCUACUGACUCACACACGAAGCAUGAGUCUAUGAUGGUGAACUGACACAGCAGCACAUAUUCUAACAAUACAGAACUGUCCAUGGCUGCUAAUACAGGUGUUACAUUUACAGUUACCCAAAAUGUAUUUGUGACGUUUCUGUAACAAUUCAGAGCAAAUUUAGCUCAUGUAUGUGGUGUAGGUCUUAUUUAAUUAAUUUUUCUAUAAAUAUUUCAGAUGUUGAUGCGAGUAAUGUACAGUGACAUAAUGAUACUCAUAAUGACAAAACCUAUUCUGUAAAUAACAAAUAAAAGCUAUAUGUUUGA